AUUGAUGUGCUGUGGUGCACAAUGAAACAAUAAAAGUACAAGUUCAUACAUAUACACAUAUUUAUAUGAUUAUGAUCUGAUUCAUGAAAAUAAAUGUAAGUUUUAUGGUUAAAGCAAAUCGAUGUCAGCAGCAUGCUGCAGCAGAGAGCAAGACCAAUUAAUUGGGGGAAAGGUUUUGAAAUAUAACAGAUUAUGCCAUUACUGUACAUAAAUUACUGUGGUCACAUUUGCAACACGGGGGGGGUGGUGGUUUCUGGCAUCACAAAUAUUACACCCCCACCACCUGGCAUGUGAAGUCCAGGGUUCCACUGUCUCCCUGUGUACAGUAGGCAGAACAUCUCACACCUCAUACUAAUUGGCCACAAACGUCAGAAGAAAUAGUUUGCAAGUUGUCUAGUUAAAGCAUAUCAUCCCUUGCUACAAGGGAUGGUUGCAAUAAUGUCCAGCUAGUCUGGAGACCCCAGGGAAUAAACUUGGGAAAUUUUGCGGGCAAAGCCUCUGCUCCGUCCUUCAUUCAGUUUCAGUCUCCAAUCGUACAGCUCGAUCUGCUGCAUGCCCCUUUGUAUGUAAAUCUCGUAAAUUUCAUUUACAGUCCCCUUGCAUAUCGCACCCCGACGCAAGCAACAAAACCCAGCUUGAGCUAAACAGAGGCUACUUCCAAGUAGAAAUGAAGUUGUCAAUGCAGUAUUUUAAUCCCUUCACACCGGAUGGUGGAUUCUUCGGAACUUAAGCUAAGCUUCCAACCAACUUCUUCAGGGGGGCAUCAUAAGAUCAAAAUAAAUAGGGAACCCAGAAUGUGUGCAGAGACAACCAUACAGCCCGGUCGGCAGAAUUUUUUUUAAAAAGGAACAGGAUUUGAGCCGCGAUCCUAUAUAUAUACAGCCUCGCGGGAGAGGCUCAACUGACUGAUUUUCCUUCCAGCCGAUCCACCCAGGUUCAGCCGCACAAAAGCGACCAUGGACUGCCAAACUCCUCUCAGAACAUGAGUGAAAAACGAAAUGAUUGCUUGGGAGAGAUGGUGACUAUCAAGACAGAACCCUGUUCUCCAUGCCGGGAAGAAGAAUAUGGGCAGCUUUGCUCUGGAAAGCGUGACUCCCAGUCUGUGGAUGUAGAGCCUAAAAAAUUGAAAGGAAAGCAGGAUUUGAUAAUGUCCAAGAGUUUUCAGCAAGUAGAUUUCUGGUUCUGUGAGUCCUGCCAGGAGUAUUUUGUGGAUGAAUGUCCAAAUCAUGGCCCACCCAUGUUUGUAUCAGAUGCUCCAGUACCUGUUGGCAUCCCUGAUCGAGCUGCAUUGACUGUCCCACCAGGCAUUGAAGUGAUUAAAGAGCCUAAUGGAGAACGGGAUGUGCGCUGCGUGGUGGAGUCCAUCCCCAAAGGCCGUAUCUUUGGACCAUAUGAAGGGAAGCUCUCCAGUCAAGACAAGUCAGCUGGAUUCUUCUCUUGGCUCAUUGUUGAUAAGAACAACCACUACAAAUCCAUAGAUGGAACAGAUGAGACAACAUCAAAUUGGAUGAGGUACGUGGCUAUAUCCCGAGAGGAGAGGGAACAGAACCUGAUGGCCUUUCAGCACAGCGAACGGAUUUAUUUCCGGACCUGUCGGGAUGUCCGACCAGGGGAGAGGCUGAGGGUCUGGUACAGCGAGGAUUACAUGAAACGAUUGCACAGCAUGUCUCAGGAGACCAUCAACAGAAACCUCACAAGAGGAGACAAAAGAUUACUAAGGGAGAGAUCAGAAAGAAAUACAGAAAAUCGCGAAGAUAUGAUCUACCCCCUUGAGCUAACCACCUCAAAGCAAGGAAAGGGUCCUUACAAACGCAGCUUUGAAGAAGGUGUAUCUCAACCCCAAACAAAGAAAAAGAAAAUAGAUCUCAUUUUCAAAGAUGUCCUGGAAGCUUCUCUAGAGACAACAAAGACAGAAGAUCAUAAAGUCACAAGAAAUUCUACUCCUGCCACGAGGAAGUCCUCCAGAUUCCAAGUUCAAGAUGCCUCGGAGAGCAGUGGGACUGGUAUUCAACACAGCUCUCCAAAUCACAGUAGGAGCAGAAAUGAGGGUGAGUGGAAGGUUCCCCGUGGCUCCUCUUUCACUGUAUCCAAAGAUAUUGCCCUACUGGAAGAUGAAGGUGAAGAACCCUUGUCCUUUAAAAUGAACAGCCCCACUGAUCUCUCUCUGGCAUCAACUCAGGAUGAUGCCCUUGAAAUCCCAACCACAUCACUGUGUCCCAACUGCAUUCGGUUGAAGAAGAAGAUUCGUGAGUUGCAGGCUGAGCUAAAUAUGUUAAGAUCUGGCAAAUUAGCUGAACCACCUCUGCUACCUCCUCAGGUACCUGAAUACCAAGCAUUUUCAUAUCCCACAGCUUCAGACAGCAUCAUGUCUGUGCCCACCAUCAUGGAGGAUGAUGACCAGGAGGUGGAUUCAGCAGAUGAGUCAGUCUCCAAUGACAUGAUAACAGCCACAGAUGAGCCCUCCAAGAUGUCUGCCGUCACCAGGAGGAUCCGGCGCUUCAAGCAAGAAUGGCUCAAGAAGUUUUGGUUUCUGAGGUACUCCCCUACGCUGAACGAAAUGUGGUGCCAUGUUUGCCGGCAAUAUACCGUGCAGUCUUCUCGGACUUCAGCCUUCAUCAUUGGCUCUAAACAAUUUAAGAUACACACUAUAAAGCUUCACAGCCAGAGCAACCUCCACAAGAAGUGCCUGCAGCUGUACAGGCUCAGAAUGCACCCAGAGAAGACGGAAGAGAUGUGCCGUAAUAUGACUUUGCUCUUUAACACAGCUUACCAUUUAGCUAUGGAAGGCCGGCCCUAUUGUGACUUUCGACCUCUUGCAGAACUACUGAGAAAGUGUGAACUCAAAGUGGUGGAUCAGUAUAUGAAUGAAGGAGACUGUCAAAUCUUAAUCCAUCAUAUCGCUCGAGCUCUGAGAGAGGAUCUUGUUGAGCGGGUCAGACAGUCUCCUUUCCUGAGCAUCAUUUUGGAUGGGCAGAGUGAUGAUUUACUGGCUGACACUGUUGCCAUUUAUGUACAGUACAUCAGUAGUGAUGGGCCUCCAGCCACCGAGUUCCUUUCUCUUCAGGAGCUGGGCUUUUCUGCAACAGAUAGUUAUGUUCAAGCAUUAGACAGGGCUUUCACCUCAGUGGGAAUAAGGUUGCAGGAUGAAAUGCCAAGUGUUGGCUUGGGAGUCGAUGGUGCUAACAUUACUGCCAGCGUUAGAGCUAAUAUGUACAUGACAAUCAGAAAGACUCUGCCUUGGUUGCUCUGUUUACCCCUUAUGGUACACAAGCCACACUUGGAGGUUUUGGAUGCAAUUAGUGGAAAAGAACUUCCAUGCCUGGAGGAGCUAGAAAACAACCUUAAGCAGUUACUCAGCUUCUACCGUUACUCCCCAAGACUGAUGUGUGAGCUGAGGGUUACUGCUGCUACUCUGUGUGAAGAGACAGAGUUCUUGGGAGACAUUAGAGCAGUCAAGUGGAUAAUUGGAGAGCAAAAUGUCCUCAAUGCUCUGAUAAAGGAUUACCUGGAAGUAGUGGCCCAUCUUAAAGAAGUCAGUGGGCAAACACAAAGAGCUGAUGCCUCUGCCAUUGCCUUGGCUCUCCUGCAGUUCCUUAUGGACUACCAGUCAAUUAAGCUGAUCUACUUCUUGCUGGAUGUAAUUGCUGUACUUUCACGUCUUGCCUUUGUCUUCCAAGGUGAAUACCUUCUUGUGUCACAAGUGGAUGACAAAAUAGAGGAGGCCAUUCAAGAGAUCAGCAGGCUAGCGGAUUCUCCUGGUGAAUACCUUCAGGAAUUUGAAGAGAACUUCCGUGAAAGCUUUAAUGGAGUUGCUGUGAAAAACCUACGGGUGGCUGAAGCCAAAUUCCAAUCCAUACGAGAGAAGAUAUGCCAGAAGACCCAGGUGAUUCUUGCUCAAAGAUUUGAGCCCCGCAGUCGGGCAUUUGUGAAGGCGUGCCAGGUAUUUGACCUUGCCACUUGGCCAAGAAAUGCAGAAGAGCUUAUGAGCUAUGGCAGGGAAGACAUGGUGCAGAUAGUUGAGCAUCUGGAAGCAGUGCCAACCUUUGCCACAGACGUCAUCAGAGAGGGCAUGGACACCAGAGGCAGUUUGCUGAUGGAAUGGCGAGAACUCAAAGUGGAUUAUUAUACCAAAAAUGGCUUUAAAGAUUUAAUUGGUCACAUUUGUAAAUAUAGGCAGAGAUUUCCUCUUUUAAAUAAGAUAAUCCAGAUCCUCAAGGUCCUUCCCACUUCCACAGCUUGUUGUGAAAAGGGACGCAACGCCCUUCACCGAGUGCGCAAAAACAAUCGCUCUCGGCUUACUUUAGAACAGCUGAGUGACCUUUUGACAAUUGCUGUAAAUGGACCACCUAUUGCCAACUUCGAAGCCAAGAGGGCACUAGAUAGUUGGUUUGAGGAGAAAUCUAGCAAUAGUUACGCACUGUCUGCAGAGAUGUUAAGCAGAAUGUCCUCCCUGGAUCAGAAACCAAUGCUGCAGAGCAUGGACCAUGGAUCGGAAUUUUAUCCUGAUAUUUAGCAAGAAUGCUUCUCAUUCUGAAAGCUGUUGGAUCUUUCUCUUUUUUUAAAAAAAUCAAUACUCUAAGCUUUGAUAUGCUAUAUGAAAUAUAUAUAUAUAUUAUAUAUAUAUAUGUAUGUAUGUAAACCCCACACUGAAAAUUUAAACUUAUCUGAUGGAAGCUAAGAGGCAUUUUUAAGAAUGAUAAAACACUUAACACUUACUGACAUCUUCAACCAUGGCAGCUGCAAUGUAGGUGGCAACAUUUCAUUCUUCAGAAACGUGCUGGGGCCAUAGUCUUCAUUUCAAGCUGAAUAGAUUUAUAAGCUAGAUGUGGCAGGCCAAUGCCACCCUACUUCUUGCUAGGCUUUUUUGUGAGUGUGCGUCUUUUUUAAAGAAAAAAUCUUUGCAUUUUCCUCUUUGACAUUCAGCCAUUGAGUCAUUUCAUCCCUUAUGAUUACUGGGAUUUCUGAGGCCUGUGCAUAUGUCUUGGAAUUCCUUAUCAGUUUCCAGAUUUCAUCCAGGUUUGAGUAGUUUCUUACACAUUCAUUCUUCAGAUGAUUGGGUUGACUUUUUUUGUGCCCUUCUCUCUGAAUUACACACCAGUGGGCAUUUUCAGCUUAAGGCAAUACUCCUGUGAAAACUCUACUAACAAAAGCAUAUAUCUUACAAUAUUGAUAGCAUGCUGAGAUGAAAAUAGCAUAAUGUAAAAGAUGGGAAUUUGUGGGGGGAGGAUUUUUUUUUCACUUAUAUUUUUAUAUAGUAGGACAUAAGAAAAUUACUUAAAACUCUUUACUGAAAACCUGGGCUGCUGUGGAAGCUAGAUGGCCAGUGAGUCAAAUCCUGUAAUUGGGUAGAAGCUCAUUGGCUUAAAAUAUAUGUAUCCUAAUUUUAUGUUAUUUAUACUUGGUCUUUAUAAUCAUAAAUGGGUUGUCUUUUGUCUGUUUUCUUUCUUUCUUUUUGUUUUUUAAUAAGUGUAAAAAUAUGCCUGCUCUAUUUCUGUGGCAGGGGAUAUCAAUGCAAGAUCUGUCUCUGGUAAUUUUUCACAUGACAAGAUUCUUUUAAAGUUUCACAUAUCACCCUUUGACUAAGGUUUAAAAGUUCUAUCUGAUAGAAUCUGUCCUAUGGCAAACAGAAAUGGAACAUGGCUGUGUAUUCCUGUCAACAGUUUCUUUCAAAGAGUGGUGCAGCAGAGUCUGGCAGAAAUGUGAAACUAGGACUUGCAAGCUCAGAUAAUAAAUGCAUUUGUGUAGAUUUUUUUUUUUUUGGACUCCAGUGUUUCAGGUUAAAGAACCCCAAAUGAGCACAAACUCUCCACACCUGACUGUGCCAUGGUCUAAUAAAUAUGCUGUGGGAUAGCACCAUAGUCAUACUAGGUGAUCACAGGAGUGAAAGGUCUCUCUUUUGCUGAGAAGAACUACUAGGAUGGCAUGUUCCCAGUGGGACUAAAGUCAUGCCAAUCUGCAUUAUUUUAAAAAAAUACCGUAAUGAUGUCAGUUACACUGAACCUUUUCCCAUUCCCUUCCCACACUCCCCAUUUUCUCCCAUCCUUUCCCAUCCGUCUUGGUGCUAAAAUAUCUCUGGAACCAUUGCUGCUAGAACAUAGCUUUUCAUUUAUAUAAAUACCUAAUUUUAUUUUUCAACAGUUAUCAUGUUUUUCAAUUAUAACGUAGCACACUGUUAAAGCCGUAUGUCUUGCAAUAUAUCUACACCUAUGUCCUUUAUUCUUUUUCACUUCAACGUGUCCCUUAUUGUCCCAGUAAUAACCUUAGCAUUGUUCUCAUACGUAUGUAAUUCUUCUUACUGUGUUCAGGAUUCUACACUUACUUUUUAAAAGAAUUAAUGUGAUGUACAAAAGAACCAAGAAAAAAGGCACAGGACCUUGAUAACCAUCUCCGUGUGGUUCUAAAAUAAUGUCAGUUGUCAAGAUAACUUAUGCCAGCCAGUGCUAUACAAAAAGGAGUGAAAGUAGCUAAAGAGUUUAAGAAGUUGCUUCUAAUAAACGCACAAGAAUACUGUAAGAAUUUUUCUUAAAGGGAAAAAUGUUACGGAGUGAAUGAGGAGUGGGGGUGGAAGGCAAGACGUAUAUUUCUUCAUCUUAAUUGCACAGACUGUAUUAAUUUCUGUCAUGCAGUUUUCACUUUCCUGCCAGGGCUGGGAAGGGGGAGGAAGUGGAAAAGGAAUUGAAACAAUCAGGAAAAGGAAACAAAGAGUGCAAGGUGAAGUCCUCCUUGUUACUCCAUGUACAAAAAAAUAAUCAUAAUAACUGGUGCUGAGUUGCCUUUAAGUCAGCUCCACUGUCUUGGGUCCAUUCUUUACCUUCUCACUCCACCUCCCUUCCCUGCAUCAGUGGUGGGGGACACAUGGAACUCUGUGUCUGCUUUGCUUCCCAGAUGUCUUUCCCUUUUUAUUUUGCAAGUGGCCAUUUUGACUUUUUGGACAUCAGAUAUUCAACUGCUCAGUGUUACCCACUUGGUGGUGAAAAUAGCGAGUAAGACUGAAGGAAGGAGAAUAGAACAGUGCUUGACAAAAUUGUAAGAGUACCUCAUUUUAAACAUUUUUAUUGCAGUUGUAGUGCUAUGGAUAUCAGAGCCCCAACAACCAAUGCAUUGGAUAUUUUUUUACAGGACUAUAUCACAGCACUUUCGUGAGCAUAGCAUACAGUUGAUAGGAACUGAUUUGGCCAAAGGCAAUCACAUACCAUAGGCAGUAAGAAGGCAGCCUUGUCCCAUAAUGCUUUACACCGCUAAAAAGACUAUUCAGUUUGACAUUUGGUCAAGUAGGGAGUUAGCAGUUAUUACUCACUGAAACAAGUCAUAACUGCUGGUUGUGCAACCUGCUUUUUCAUACAUUUUUUUCUUCAUUUUUUCUCCUAAUCAGUGGCCUGCUUCUAUAAUUUCUUGACAAUUGUAUUUGGUCAUCGUUUGGACCCUGUAAAUUAUCUCUGGCCCCAGUACCUCCGCUAGAUAACAUCAGGUUAAAAUAAUUGCUUUAACUGGCUGAUUUUUGAAUGGGGCCCAUAAAUAAUAGGAGCCAUUCACCAAAAUAAUUCUUAAAAUAGAAAAAAGAUAAUUUAUGGGAUUUAGAAAACAGUUCCUCCUAUAUAAAGUAGUGUUUUAGCAAAGUGCAUAAACUAUAUACAGCAGAUUUAAAAUAUGAUUUAUAUUAGGAAACAAAUAUUUGUCCAAGAAAGGUCACAUGCAGUCCUUGAAACAUGUCUAUAUCACCAUGGACUACAUAAUCUGCAAUUCAUUUUACGUCUUUAUUAUUAGACUCAAAAAGAAGCAUUUUACUCGAAUUCAUGUUGUCCUUAACCAGGAUAGUCAGAAGCUAUUGAUUUAACAUUAAUGAGCCCAUCUUGAUAGCUCCCUGCCAAUGGUUGUUCUUUGCUAGUUAAUAAGAAAAGUCGGCACUUUGCUUUUAGCUUAAUGUAUUCCAGGAGGCAAGUCAGAUCACUUGUUGUAUAAAAUGUUCUGUGCGAAAAUGUGUAUAAAAUGGAAAUUCAAUAUUUGCUAUAAAUAGAAAAGUACCGUAUUUUUCCAUGUAUAUGACCCCCCAAUGUAUAAAACAGCGCCCUAAUUUUGACCCUUGCUGGAGGCGGGGGAGCAGUUAAUGGGCAACUGCUCCUCCACCUCCAUCUCUUCUGCUGCUGCCUGCGCUGCCCGCCCGAUCACCUCCAGUGUGACUGCUUUGCUUCCGCCUCCUGCUGCCUCCGCUGCAGGGGACAGUGCAGAUGUCAGCUGGAGGCGAGUCAGUCCCACUGGAGGAAGUGAUCGGCUGA